AUGUCCAACCGAUUAGAAUCGUUGAACACCAAGCAACCGGGAGCUGUCAAGCCUUCGUUGAAAUUCAAGCCCAAGGCAGUGGAACGGAAGUCCAAAGAAGAACGGGCAAAACAUGUGCAGGUGAAACAGGAAGAUACCUCAGACAGAGACAAGUUCAAAUCAGCUAAACCUCCAAGAGGCCAAAGACCCGCCAGAGGAAGAGGUGGCAGGCAUAAUCAAUACGCAAACACACAUGUGUUGUCUUCCGGUUUGCUUUCCUCUGGAGCCGUGUCUGGUGGGUUUGCCAAAGAUACAAAAGUGGUGAAUUCAGCUUCUCCAAGUCCUGAUUUCUUACUGAACUUAAAAUUGAAACAACCAGCCGAGUUGGCUCGGGUUUCUGCCAGUGAGUCUGACGAUGAGGGCGAUGACGGCUUGACAAAGAUCGAUAUGGCCAAGCAGUACAGGUUUGCUGAUGAAGAGACAGUAUUAUUCCCUGUUAGGCCCGUGAGAGACGAUUCGGAACCUCCAGAAGUCAUUGCACUCGGAGUGUCCAAAGAGCCUAGUCCCGUCAAGGAAGAGCCUUUGAGCACAAACGAUGUGGCAUACUCUGCGCAAACAGAAUUACAGCGGGUUCUUCAAACUAAAGCCAACUUGGAGUCUAAGAUAUCUCAGCCAGUUGACAUGUUGAGUCAAGUGGAAGCGAAAAAGUUGGCUGAAGAUCACGAUCACAUUGCUCAAUUGAUGAGCAGACUGUUCGAAUCCAAUGAUGAUAAGUUCAGCUUGUUCCAAUUACCCAAACUUUUACCUGAAUAUUCACCUAAGCUGAAGGAAGACAAAGCAGAAAACUCCAAACUCAAUGGACAAAUUGGCCAUCUCAAUAUUCACAAAUCUGGCAGAAUAACCAUAAACUUAGGUAACGAUAUCAACUUAGAUGUUACGGCAGGAAUUCCCUCGACCUUCUUACAGGAGUUUGUUCUAUUGGACUUAACCCCAGCACCUGAAUCCCCCAGAAUCAAAACUGAGGAGGACAUGGAUAUCGAUGCUGGAAUAGAAAUUAAUGAUCAAAAUAAUGACAAUGACGAACCCAAAUACCAAGGAACCAUAAACAAGCUAGGUGAAGUAGACGGCAAGUUCAUAGCCACUCCUAUCAUAUAA